AUGGCCCCUUUCCCGAGCAGGCCAUCAGGGCCGUCUUACGCCCCUCCCAAUAUCUACUGUCCACGAGUAUUACGGGGACAGUACUGGCUAGAGAGGAAGUCCGGCUACCACGCCGACAGGACCCGUGGAGGACCACCGCAGCCCCAUAGCGGUCGUGCUGGCCCCAGCGAGACUGUGACUUAUAGCUCGAGUACCGCAUACGGUGUUGAGCCCGUGGAUGGUGGGUGGUAUUACGAUUGUGAGAAUGGUCAUGGCUACGACCCCGUCUACUCCCAGGGUGUAGAGCCUCAGGCUUGUGAUGAUGAUGGUGAUGGUGAAUACUACAUCGACACCAGGUGGGCGAAUGACCGAGACGGUCUUGAUGAGCAAUGCUUUAAUCCCCACUGUUACGACAACGGCCAGUGUACUGGGUCGUAUUACUCUCAACGUGCUCACUCUUGGCAGCAGCAGCAGGAGCAAGCUGUGUCCGGUGCUUGGCCUCGGGACGGUGCGUACUCAGGAGGGCGCUGUCAAGAAACGAUCCAUGAGGAGGGACCAGUUGAGGCUGGAGUUUGUGGUGGAAGGAGCAACCACGAUAAUGGAGAUUCGUCGUCUGCGAGAUAUAGUGAGCGGACAGUGAGGGAGGGUCCGAUCGGAAACUCCGGUGGUGGUCGGAGUGAAUUGGAGCGGCAACGGCAACGACGAAGAGACGAAAGUUACGACGAGCGGGAUGAGCCCAAUCACGACCAUAAGCAUCGAGUCGAGAGGACCGGCAUCGACACCAUAGGAGGAGGCAGGGCUCGGGAGUAG